CAUCUGAGGCGCCGGGGAGGGCAGCUCCUGGAGCAGGGCGGUUAGAGCGGGCGGUGGGUCUCCGGCCCCGCUGCGGGGCUCCGCAGCCCCUACCGGCCCGGGCCAGCGCCAGGCGGCGGCGGCGUGGCUCGGAGGGCAGGCGGGCGGCGACAGGCUGUGCCCCACUUUGUGUCCAAUCAGAGCGUGCGGGGUGCGCGCGGAACAGGGCAGCAAUGCGUAAACAAGCCUGGGAAACUCCUCCGCCCCCCGCGCCGCUCCCUCGCACUCCGCUCCGCCGUGCUCUCCCCCGGCUGGCUCCCGCAGCCUCCCCCGCCCUCCGGCUCCGGAGCGCCCUACCGUUACCCGCCUCCCCGCCGCCCGCGCUCCCCCCAAGCUCAGGGCCUCUUGAGGGAAGAGAGCCUGCUUCAGUGCGGGCAGAGGCUGAACGAGCUGAGAUUUCUGGCUGGAGAGAGGGGGAGAGAGAGAGAGAACCUGAAAUGUGUUUGGAAGAAGCUGCUGCAGUUUGUGAUGCUUGUAGCUUCCUGCUGGGGACAGAGCAGCAGCAGCACAUUCGCUGUUCGGUAACAAGCAGAUGAGGAGCUGGUGAAAACUCCAGGUAGAAGAUAAAUUAAGGAAUCAGAAGAAACUUGAGUAUACCACAAAGAAAACAAGGAAGUAUCCCGGAGCAGAAUCUAGAGUACAAGUGCUGGUAUGAAAACACCCAGCCCAGAAAAGGAGCAGGAGUUAUGAAUGAUGUCUCCGUGAGAGGUCUGGAAUGUCCAUCAAAUGCCUGGAGAGGUGCAGUUGCACAGAGCAGCUCCUGUGAACCACAUCACCUCCAGCUGUCAAACUCACCCCUCUGGCCUAAAGCGCUCAGCCAGUAUCGCCUGUCCCACGAAUGGCUACCCAGAGGAAGCACUUGGUGAAAGAUUUCAAUCCUCAUAUCACCUGUUACAUCUGUAAAGGAUAUCUUAUCAAGCCAACCACAGUAACUGAAUGCCUCCAUACCUUUUGUAAGACAUGUAUUGUUCAGCACUUUGAAGACAGCAAUGACUGCCCCAGGUGUGGCAAUCAGGUGCAUGAGACCAAUCCAUUAGAAAUGUUAAGGUUGGAUAACACAUUAGAGGAAAUUAUAUUUAAGCUGGUGCCUGGACUUCGAGAACAGGAACUUCAGCGUGAGAUCGAAUUUUGGAAGAAAAACAAACCUCCAGAAAAUGGACAAGGUGUCUGUGGCAACUUGCUUGUAGAGAUCGACAGGAUGAGUGGAGGAGUGCUUGAGCAGGGUAGCAGAGAGUAUGAAAGUCCAAAAGCUGACAAGCCCAAAGUAGAUGAAGAGGAUGAUGAAAAUCAAGACGAUAAAGAUUAUCAUAGGAGUGACCCACAGAUUGCUAUUUGCCUUGAUUGUUUACGGAACAAUGGGCAGUCAGGGGAUAACAUAGUAAAAGGUUUAAUGAAGAAAUUCAUCCGCUGUUCUACACGAGUAACUGUAGGAACCAUCAAAAAGUUUCUCAGUUUAAAAUUAAAGCUUCCAAGUUCUUAUGAGCUGGAUGUACUAUGCAAUGGUGAAAUCAUGGGGAAGGAUCAUACUAUGGAAUUCAUCUAUAUGACAAGAUGGAGACUAAGAGGCGAAAAUUUUCGGUGUCAGAACUGCUCAUCUUCGCAAGUCUGCUCACAGGAUGGCACUUUUUAUCAGUCUUACCCAAUGGUACUGCAGUAUCGACCCAGAAUUGACUUUGGUUAGACCAAAGGGCCGGAUCCUGCUGAGAUGAAUCCUGCACUAUUUGUUACCCAUCGACAGAUUGCACAAUGAAUGGAUGUGCCUGGAUUAAGGGGACACAACCAGAUUUUCAGCAUGCAAAUAAGGACAUUGUCUUUCUUAAAAUUGUCAAUUGCAUCUUUGUUGUUUCUAUUAGAGCAAGCCAAGUGCCAUUCUGCUACUGAAAUGUGCAUAAGAUAUUUGUGGUAUCUUAAAAGUGUGCUGCAAGUCAUAGCCAAAAUCAUGACAUGUAUAGUCAAGAUUCAGAAACUACAGAACAUUUUGCCUGCCUGUUAGAAGAGUUUUCUGGUCCUAAUGUUGAUUACACUAGCAAAAUGGCAGAAUGCUCAUUCCAUGUGGUGUUGCAAUUGUCACAUAUUUACUAUUUUACUGAUUAUUGUUGUACAAAUGAUAGAGAACUGUACAAAAAGUUAUGGAUUAUACCUUGAAAAUAUUUUGUAUAGAAAAUAUAUUUAGAACAGUGGUGAUUGUGCCACUACAUUUUUCUUGUUAAGUUUCCAUGCGUCCAGGUAUAGCUCGCUCAUGAGUGUGCAACAAUCAUUUUGCAAUGAAUGAAGAUUAUCCUUACAACAAUAUUAGAACAUAGUAAUUCAACUAAGCCAUUUUAAAUUGUCUAAAUAGAUUCUACCAGUAUCACCUAAUAGCACCAUAGCCCUUGUGAGUGCAAAAUUGUAUGACUUGCCUAAAGAUUGGAAUUUGAUAUACAACUAUUUAGGAUAAUGGCAACUGGUCAAAUCAGGUUUCUUUUAAUAAAGUCAGUGUAAAAGUGAGGUUAAAAUAAUUUAAAUGUCUAAUAAAAAAGCAGAACUUCCUGUCUAAAAUUACACCAUAUAGCGAACAUUUAUAUAUCUUUUGUCACUCUGUGACGUUCACUUUAUUUUUAAGAUUGGAUUUAGAUGUGUCCAAGUGUGGCAUAUAAUAGAGUAAAAUAAUACAAACUAACAUAUUUCAAAAUACAUAGCUUUAAUGGCAUUAAAUUUCUAUGUUAUGUUUAUCUGGAGUUCAGAAGCUAUUGCGCAUUAACUUAAUUAGUUAUUGUCGCAUCCUAAAGCUAGUUCCAUAAAACUAGAGGUAAUGCAAUAUAGUAGAUAAGCAGUCUGAUGAAAAUAAUAGGCUGUUCAAGGCAUUUUUUUUUUCCUCAGACCUGGUAAUGGUGGGGGGAAAAGUGCUUUUUUUGGCCUUAGGUAUCACAAAUAUAAUGGUUCUAGUGAAGAAAAUUGUAUUAAAGUUUCUGGUAACAUUGCAGGGAGCAUUAUAUUUCAUGCAUUUUCUGUGGUCUUCCAUUGUCUUUGCUCAGUUUACAAGUCAGAGUGGGUUUUUUAUUUCAAAUUCUGCAGAGAUACUUACAGUUCAAUACUUGGUAUAAUUUCUACUUAAUGCACAGCUACCAGCAUUCCUACUUACUUUUAUAUGACUUUAUGUAUACAACACAAAGGAAACAAAUUGACUUUCAGAAGCUACUAUAGAAUGAACUAGUCGUGCUUAGAAAAUCAAAUAAAAAACCUAAAUAAAAAACCACAGGAUCAAAGCAUAAAAGAUAGACAAUGGGAAAUAGCUCCUAUAAAAGUUUGGUGGCAGUACAAUUUAUACGUGUAGGGCAUGCAAACAAACAUGCAUUACGGGUGAAAAGCUGGCUUCUGAAGUCAAUGAGAGUUUUGCCAUUGACUUUAGUGAGAACAGGAUUUCAUCCUAUUUGUACACACUGAGUCAGAUCCUACCUUUGUGUUCCAAAAGCCACAUAAUAAGGGGGAGUAGAGACAUUGCCCGUAGCAUUCUGUUAAGGAAUCCUGCCAUUGCAGAUGAAGAUUGCAUAUAAUGUGCUGACACAGGGUGCCAUGGGAAACACUCUGAUACUCCCUUCUGCAGGCACAGUGUGCUGACUGGUAUUGGGGCUAGUUGGGCCAUACUGUUGAUAGCAACAGAUGCACUUGCUGGUUGCAAAGGCUAGUUACCUCUUGCCUUCCCAGUCCAUGGCAUGCUCUUUUCCAGUCCAUGGCACGCUCAAUGGCAGAUUUGACAAGCUGCUCCAUGUCGGUAGAUCCCAGGUCCUACACAGAGCCUUAACAAAUGCAGUGGUACUCUUCACAGACACAGAGGUCUGCCAACAUGGAUCAGGUUUCAGGAGUGAGAUCCAAAUUUCUAUUGCAUAUCCAUGUUAUCUGCAUCAUACUAAAUUCCUUUAUAAAGAAUCAAUACAAUGUUGUUUCUAAAUAUUUACAUGUAUGUACUAAUGACACCUUGCAAUUUUUAUAUCCUUCACAUCAUAGAAGUGUUUUUAUGCCAGGAGUAUUUUCAAGGUGGCUUCACAUUAAAAUGAAAGGUUUGUUUCAAAGCUUUUGGUUUCAGUUCAUCAUAAAAUUAAUAGCAAUAUUUCAAGUUUAAUUAUUAGUUGAUUCGGGGGAGAUAGUGUAUUUCUUUAGUUGCAUAUUUGCUAGUUUGGUACAUUUGAACUGGGUGUUUUAAACAAACAGAAGGACAGCACAGAAUUUGUUUGCAGUGUUGUUGUAGCCAUGUAGUCUCAGGAUAGUCGAGAGACAAGGUAGGUGAGGUAAUAUUUAUUGGACCAACUUCUGUUGGUGAAAGACAAGCUUUCAAGCUCACAGAGCUCUUCUUCAGGUCUGAGAAAAGUACGCAGAGUGUCACAGCUAAAUACAAGAUGGAACAAAUUGCUAAAUGUAAGGAGUUAACACGUUGCAGGAGACCAUUCAAGUCAUGAAGUGAGCAGUUAACAACUCUGCAGUUAUGGGACAAAGGAGAACUAGUGGGGCACAGAUGGUUAUGAUGAGCCAUAAAUCCAGAGUCUUUAUUGAGUCCAUGAUUUUUAAUGUCUAGCAGCGUUUUGAAUUUUUUCCAGCUUGUGAAGGUGUUAUACAGACUUCCUUUGAGGGUGAGGAUAGGUCAGAUAUGGAGUAAUUGCUUUGUGAAAGGUGUUUGGCCAUGGGUGAUAGGGUGUUUUUUGUCUUCUAUCAUUUUUCUGUGUGAGUUCAUUUGAGAGUGUAGUGAUUGUCUGGUUUCACCCACAGUUGUUAUUGGGGCAUUUAGUGCAAUGGAUGAGGUACACCACAUAUUGUGUUAAGCAUGUGUACGACCCAUGGAUCUUGAAUGGUGUAAUGUGGAAGAUAUUGAUCAUCACAGAAGUGGAGAUAUGUCAGCCGGGUUUUGCAUCUGUUGUUCUAGCAAGGUCUGGUGCCACUUUGAGUUGGUGUGUCCUGGUCUGUGGGGAGCUUGCUUCUGAUGAUGACCUUGGUAAGGUUGGAAGGUUGUUUGAAGGCCAGAAGAGGGGGUUCAGAAAAUAUUUCUUUCAGGAUGUGGUCCCCAUCGAGUAUGGGUUAUAAUUAUUUAAUGAUUCCCUAUAUGGAUUUCAAUGUGGAAACACCAUAUUACCUGUGGGUAAACAUUUUUCACAAAUAUUUUUCCCAGUUUAUUUUGAAUGAUCUCUUGAAACAUGUUAUCUUCUUAUGUUUAACUGUCUGUUCCAUCUUGUACUUAGCUGUGACAAUCUGAGUAUCUUUCCCAGACCCAAAGAAGAGCUCUGUGAACUUGAAAGCUUGUCUUUCAUCAACAGAAGUUGGUCCAAUAUAAGAUGUUCCCUCACCUACCUUGUCUAACACAAAAUUUAUCACUUUGAGUCCAUUCUUAAGGGUAUGACAUAGACAGAAUUUUGCACCCAACCACCAAAUUCAUAUUGGAUUUAGCACAGCCACUGAAAAUUCUUUUUACUAUAUUAUGAGGGUCCAUGAGUGACAAUGAAUAGAGGUUUGAAUGUUUCAUAAGAUUUUCUGCAUUCUCAGUUCAAGAAGCCAAAAAUUUGUCUUGCUGAGAAUUAACUGUGUUAUUUCAUGGUUUGUUUGUUUUUUAAAUCCAGCUCAGAACUGGAUUAGGGAAGUCAAAUCUUCUUCAUUGUAAGUACGAAAACUAAGGACAGAUAGGUUUUCAAUGUACUCUGCUGAGUAUCCUGCCUUUCAGUGCUUUUAUAAACAUACGAUCUAGCUACCUACAAUUAUAAAUUUCUGAUAUGACAGCAUAGUGCCUGCUUGCGGUUUGGUUGAACGCUUGUCCUAGGGGUUAGAUGCCAGCCAAAUUGAUAUCUAGGUGGGCAGCUUGCAUAACACAAGUGCUGUCUCUCCUGCAGUAAAUUCCUCUUUGCUUAUACUGCAUAGGUGUGACAUGUCUACAGAUAUGCACAUGUGAUUAUCCCUGUUGAUACAUUGUGCCAAUUAAAAAAUAUUAAAAGUGUAAGAAUAGUCGAAUGCAUGUACAGACACUUUUGAGUGCCAAAGUCAGAUUAUAAUGCAGUGAGAACAUGGGUAUUCAAUUAAAAUCACACAGCGUGUCCAAAUAAAACAGGACACUACUACGUACAGGCAUGCUUGAUGUGGACAUUAAUAGCACACAGUGUCUCACCACUGCAUAAAGUCAAUCAGGAAGGAAGAAAAUAGCUGAGCCCUCAAUAGUUAUUCUGAAAUUAUCCAUAUUGUUGGCACCCAACUGCAACGGGUGGAGGGGGGGUGUCAGACCUAAAAUGAGACACUUUCCCUAAUUGUACAACCUUUAACUCUAUCCCACAAGUUUAGGUUUUUUUCUAAAAUGAGAGCCCAGAAGUUACAUCCACCUCCUUCCCCCAGUUAGCCCAUUAAUAGAAGUCAAAUGUAAUGCCUUUGUUAGACUAAAAAUCUGUAGGCAGUAUAUAUCCUCUAACAUACUGGAAGUUAAGAGUUUACAGAAUGGGAUCUUGUAAGAUCUCAAAAGCAUAUAUAAUACAAAUCUAUUAGAUUAGCGUGAAAUGUGCAUUACAUUGUGUACUAUUAAACUACCUUGACUAAGGGCCCAAUCCUGCAAACACAUGAAUAAUUCUUAUUUGUCUGAAUAGCCCCCACUGUAGUCAGUGGAAUUCAUCACUACAGUAAGAAUUAUUCAAAUAAAUGUUUUCAGAAUCAGACCCUAAUGUAUGGUGUGAUCAGAUAGGAAACAAUGUGCAACAAAAAUGUAACUAUAUUCUUCUUUUUAAUAACGUUUUAUAUUGUAAAUUAUUUUGACUGUUCUGGUUUUACUGAAAAUGUUAUUUAAAGGAAAAUGGUGGAUUACUAAUAUAGAAUAUCUUUUAGACCCACUUUAUACAUUUUAAAUGAGAAUAUUUUUCUGUGUAUUAUAAAUGGUCUCAAUAUUUUCAGUAAUAGUAUUUCUUAAUAGAACUAUACAUAGAAGAACCUUCCUUCAAGUGAAACAAACCAACAUCAAAGAAAUAUUUUCUGUUAAUUAAGCAGUUUAAAUAUGGGCAAAUAUAGAAUCUCACAUACUAGAAACUAUUUAAAAAGGGUGAGUCUUAUGUUGAGUCAAUUUUAUUUUCCCCUAAGCAAUAAUCUUGAAUUUUGGAUCCUUAUCUUUUUCCCUAGUCUGAGUUAUUUUGUCUGUACUUCUCUUGCAAAUUCCAGAGGCAACUCAGACCUGUUGAUAGGGGUUUAAGGUUUGGUCACACUCCUUUAGGACUUAAAUUCACUUUCUGCAGCACAGAGUGGUGGACAGGGCUCCCAUCUUAUCCAUUGCAAUCCUAGCUAUUAAAGCUGAUUUUGUGAAAGCAGCAACCAAAAUCUUUUGCUCUCUCCUCUCCCAUAGUGAACCAAAAUUUGUAGGGUGUUUCUCCCUAAGUGGGACCACCCACUGAGCUCUUUUGCUCUAUUUGUUUUCCAUUUCCCUAUCACCACAGAGGUCAAGAGGCAAUCUAUUUGCCAUAAGGUCUGAGGAGCCACAGAAGGGCAUUCCAUGGAGUUGCAGCAAAACCACAGAGGCCAACUUAGCCAGACACUAAGGGCUUGUGUACACAAACAUUUAAUUCCCCACAAACUGCAGUGUGAGUAUACCCUACACCAGCCUGCUCUUGAUCCUGCUGACAAGUAUUAACAGUUCAUUAAAACACUUUCAUCUAGUUAAUGCACAUCAAUUAGUCCAUGGCAAAAUAAGGCGGGGUAGAGUCACAUCCCAGCUUGCCACAAAUUAGACAAGCCCUAACUGAUUUAAGUCCUAGACAGCAUAGUUAUUCAGUGCCAAUUCUCUGAGUUUCAAAACACACUGGCGGAAUCCUAUCUGGAGAAAAGCUUGAUACAGUGCUAGCCAAUUACAUGGACUAGCCAAAGUGUUCGCUCCCACUCCAGUAAAGUUGAAGGAUGCAAAGGUCCUUUUAUUCCUAUCCACAAGGGGGUAAGAACAUCAGAAGAAAGCCCAAACCAGAAAAUGAGUCCAACUCCUCUUUCCAGCGCAUUCAGUUUGACUACAACAGUUUGAAGUCAAGUACACCUACAAAGCAGGGUAGGUCAUCCCUUUUCCAGAUAUCUCAUUCUAAUUGAUUUCCGACAGGUAAGUUCAGAACCGAGUGAAGCAGAGAUGCACCCUGGAGUUUGACUCCUCCAUAUCUCUUUUUCAUCCAUCUUCAACCUUACAAGACAACUAGAAACAUCAAAUAAUCCCGAAGAGGAUCUCACACCUGAAGAAGAAUGUCCUAGUUCAGUCAGACGGUCACCUGGAGCAAGAAGCAAUAGAACUUGUCCCUCAAAUGUUCGGGACGCUGCUUCAUAUUCUUCAGAGUAAGAAAAAGAUGAGGCAAGCCCAAGUGGUCUUAGACAAGGAAAAUGAACAGGUUGACAAAAUAGAAAAUAUUCUGAUAGGAAAAUUUUCUGAAGCCCUCUCAAAGUAUCAUUCACCUAAGAGUUGAAUGCAGCCUUAACAACAUAGGAAAGAUUCAACAUGGCCCACGCAAUGGUCUCGAAGAUGUGCGUACUUACAGCCCCUUGGUCUUCUGGCCUUAUACGUAGAGAUUACACCCUAGACAAGAGUACAUAUGGUAUAACGUCAAGGAUUUCUCUUAUGAGCCUGGAACUGUCACAACAAGAGAUGCAUAGGAAAGCAGAUACAAUCCAGAGUAUUUCAAUGCAUCAUUUGGUGGUGAUGGGAAGCCCAUAUGAUAGUAGCAACUUCUUUCUGCAAUCCAGAUCCCAAAAUCCUGACCACUGGUAUCAGCCUUUCAGGAUGGGGAACACAUCUGUCACAAUAAACAAAGUAAAAAAAGUUCCAGAGCAUCAGUUUCCUAGAUUUGGGAGCCUUCAGCCUGGUUCUUUGAGACUUCAGUGCUUGCCUUAGGGAAGGAGCAUGUUCUAGUUCAGUCAUGACCAUGGCAUAUAUAAAUUGACGUGAGGACAUGAGAAGUUCAAGUCUAAAUGCCAAAGUAAUGCAAAUUCCCUCCUGAGAGUAAAGUCAUCUAUUUUCCAAUAAAGCAAGCCACCAUAGGAGCUGUCCACAAUGCUACAAGCUUUCGCAAUCCAGCCCUUUGAAUCAAUGAUAUAUAAUUCCCUGUAUUUCCUUACAAUAAGGUUAUGCGUCAUGUCAACCUGAAGAGUUUCAGAAAAUAUUGCUUUUAGAAGACAGAAAGCCUUACUACAUCUUUCAGGAGGACAAGAUAAAGCUCUUUCUACUCUAGAGGCAUUCAUAAACAAGGUUAACCCAUCAGUACUUCACGGGAGAUCAUUCAUUCAUUUUUUCCAAUACCUCACACUUGGAGAUGACAAAAACAUGGCAUAUCCUACGUGUGGGAAGAACAGUGAAAAUAUACGUUAGUAGAACCGAUCAAUUUAGAAAAAAUAUUGAUUGUUUUGUUUUUGCCCGUAAUGCCUAGGCUAAGCCAGCAAAAUCCUCCAUAGCCAGGCGGAUCUAGUCCUGCUUCAUCAAAGUAUAUUCAGCUGUAGACAGACUGAUUCUAGAAGGGAUCAGAGCCUACUUAACACAUUCCACGAUGGCUUUCAGGGCAGAAAGAGCUUGAGCCACCACAGAGGAAAUCUGAAAAGCUUCCACCUGGUCAUCUAUCAACAUUUUCGUAAAACACUAUUGGCUUGAUCUUCACUUCUCAACUGAAGCAUCCUUCUGUGGGGAGUGCUCCAAACAAUGAUCCCAGAAUAGAUUAAUGCUACUAAUUUUAGAGACUGGGAAAAUUUUUCUUGUCUUACUCAUCUUUACUUCCCAGCUAAUUUUUUUCCUUACUGCUCACUACAUCCCAAAUGUCUCAGAUGGUUCGGGGGGAGAGGUCAGGAUCUUUCAGGUGGGAUUUCUAAGUAGGGUUUCCUUUGACACACGACAUUCUGCUGGUGUUUUUACAAUGGUCACUUUUGAAUCCAGUCAUUACCAUUAAGAAGUUUGUUGCCUUUACUAAUAAGGAAUUUAAUGUUGCUAUACAGCUCUGGAAACACUUCAAGAGUGGUGGUAGGGCUGUGGAAAAGCCCAUAGACCUGAUCUGCCUCUUGUAUUUGUAGAAAGAGAGGUGCAGCUCUAAUGUUUCAGACUGCAGGAGAGGCCAGCCCCAUAAAAUAAAGAUUCCGUGAUUAUAUUAACGAACCAAAGAGAGGCAUUAGAUUGAAUUUGCAUAUUGCUAUGAUGUAUGUACUUUUUCUUACAGUAAACUUUAUAUAUAAUAUUUUUUUCUAGUAGAUAUUUUUAAAGAAGGCUUAAUGUGUGACAUAUAAAAGGAUGGAUGGGAUGAGCAUAAAUAGUUUGCUAUUUUUUUCCCUUAAGCUGAAGAGCAGCAGGCAGGGUUCGGAUUAAGAGAGAAUGGUGUAGUAUAUAAAAGUCUUACAAGGGUAAAACAUUUUUGUGCUGCUGGCUAUAGUCUAAGUUUUCUAUUGCAAACAAAGGUGAAGCAAAGAUAUUUACUGUCAAAGUGAGAUGCAUUUAUUCUGUGGUGAUAUUCUGGUCCCAUAACUGUGUUUUGUAUUCUAUCAGGUGAUUAGCAAUGUAGAUGUUGCCGAUGUGUCUGAGGGAUUUUGGUGUAGUAUAAUCAGAGCUGCUCACUGUACCCUUUUACUGGAAAACUGAAUUCUGAUCGACUUAAAGUACUCUGUGCAUCUGCCUAUCAGACAUUUAAUUUAUUCAUAAAGUUUUUUUAAAAGACUAUAUUUUUAUGACUUAUUUGCUUGCCUAAUAGUUGUAAGGGACUUUUUAAUACCAAAGGUCAGCCAUCCAGAAACUGACUUGGAAUAAAGCAUUGUCAUUUUCCCUUGAGGAGUGCAGUGGACAUCUAGUUAGUCAAGUUUAGUGCAUCUGGUAUCAAACAAACGUAUGUUACUGAUGGUAGCUGUUUAUUGCCAAACUAGAGUUUGGCAUACCUGUCAGUUUUUAAAUAACAGAUAAAUUAUGGAAAUUAGCAUAAGGAUUGAAUUUACCAGUCAUGGGUAGAAAGAAUGGUCCCUUUUAGGUCAUGGUAAUGUCUUUUAACAAAAAGACGCAUAAAGGCUUGCAUUACUGAUAUCUGUGCUAUACCUGGCCUAGGAACUAAUAAAAUACUUCAGUGCGCUGUCAAUCUCAUAAACCUUCUGAAGCACAAAAUAUUCAAGAUACUUUGGGGUUUUCUAGCUGUAGCUUAGUGAAUUUUUGGAGGGUAAAAAGGACAGACUUGGAGGAUCAUGCAAAGAUGUUAAACUACAUUUUACAGAUUUUAUAGCUAUUUUUUUAGCAAAUGGCAUUGCUUUCAGUAACAUCAGAGUAUUGAUUAGCAAAAAUAUCAGGGUUAUUUUAUGUGUUGUGCAGUAAAAAUAAAAAAUUAUAUAAAUCUCUUGUAUUUCUUUUCCAGGAUAGUCCUGAACUAGAUUGGAAAAAACAGAACAAUUAUUUAAAUAGGUUUUUAAAUCUGUCACUUAAAAAAUUGCAGUAGCUCUUAUUUCUUUUCUUUUUUUCCUGGAGUAGAAACUUCCUGGAAUAAACAUUAAGCAAUGCAUAAUUUUGUAAAUUUUUUCCCAAAUGCAAACUUAAAAACAUUUUGCAUUUUAGAAAAAUCAAUGCAAAGCCUGAUUUGUUAGACGUUCUAGGCUAUUGACUAGUCUGUAUAGAGUACUCUAAAUGGCAUUUUUUUGGAUGGGGGCUUAAGUGUCCUUAUAUAAGCUGUGAUCCAAGUAAAGAUAAGAAAGGAGCUUGUGGUGGGCAGUAAUUCUUCCUUGCAUCUGGUCAGUGGCUAUCAGUUUUUAAUACAACAGCCCUCACAAUACUUAGAGAUCAUAGAACAUAUUGUAAUGUUAUGUUGCUAAUUUUCUUUUAAAAUAUAAAAUAUUUUAAGCUUUUUGUCAAAAGUGAUAACACCUUAUUACAAAUAAACCUUUUUGUGGUUGUAAAAUUUAGCUUAUAAAUCAUUCAAAUUGAAGUGAAAAAAAAAAAUACCAGGUCAUUGUUAAUGACUUAGUCUAUCCUACUACUAAGAAUAUAUGUAUUUUUAUAAAGGAAAAGCACUUGUAGAUAUUUAAUCAGUCCAAUAUCUAUGUUUAUGUUUUAAAAAAACAAAAAGCUGCUUAGAGAAUCACUUAAAUAUUUUUAUUUUUGUGCUCAAAUGCAUUCUCAGUUGAUUUAUGGAAUGUUUAUUCUGUAUAAAGCUGUAUAGUUGUUACAGCUGGGCUAAAUGCAUUUUAUACCUGGACUUAGCCAAGUAUAUCUGACCAUGCUACAAAAAAUAUUUAUAUUAUCAACAAUUUGAUUGCAUAACAUAUAAUGACGGUGCUGUUUUUUCAUUUUUGACAUUAGUUUCUUCCUACCUUAUAGCAUUCCUACUUUAUUGUAUUUGUUGUGGUACAGCAAAUUUCAUUUUGAGGGUCGCAUUCCAAUGGAUGUUUUAAGGUACUGUAUACAAUAUUUAUAUAGUCCAUUUACAGUUUAUGCAAUCUAUAAAAUUGCCUAAAAUUUGCUAGACAUCAGUAUUUAAUAGCAAAUUCCCCACUGAAUGAAAAUGACAUACCAGAUAUGUGAAGCAAAUAGUAUUUUCCUAGUGCAAUGGGACAUAUCUGAUACUCGAUAUUUUUGAAUUUUAGGAAACUGCUGCUGGAACAUAUGCAUGUUACAACUGCACCUUUUGAGUUACUAGUACAUAGUCAUUUGUACCAACCAUACUUUUAAACUACUUUUUUGAAAACACAAAAGAACACAUGAAAUGACAUUAGGACUUAAUCUCACGGAACGAUGGACACUGAAAUGGUGAAAUUGAAAUGAUGGUUGAAAUGACAUUCUUAACCCAUUUUUUGUGCCAGCUUGUACUGUAGUAUAUCUAACAUCUAAAAGAACCCAGCAACACACACACAAUUCCAAAUUAAUUCUACCAGAUCACUGUUAACGACAGAUGGCCAGAUUCUGAUCUCUGUUCCACAGGUGUAAACCCACAGUCUUCACACAAUGGGACUCUGCAUGGGUCCACACUGACAGAUCCUGAGGCUGUGUCAGAGCUCUGGAUUUAACUUUAAUGGUGUUUCUUUGCUUUUACAUUCAUGUAACUGAGAUUUGAAUAUGGCCAAGAGUUCCCACCAUAACUCUGAAUUUCCUCACAUUUGUGAGGUCUUUCAUAUCUCUAACAUUAGUCACACUUAAUCUUUUGUGUUAGUUUUCCAUAAGUUUGUAAAGUUUUGUAACUAUAAGCCCAGGAGUCCACAGUAAAUUACAAUAUUACAAUUCUAAAUGUGUGUAAAUAUUUACAUAAUUAAAUAGAGGAUUUUAUUCAAUAGACUGCAAAUACUUGGUAAAACCAUUACCAUAUUAAUACACUUACCCUUUCCUUGAGUUCCUAAAGUAGUCAAUAUUUUUAAAACAUCUUACAAUUUGAAUAUUUUACUUUUUAAAUUUCUUGUUAAAUAGCUGCUAAUAGUUUGUCCAUAUUAAAUCAAUGGGGGCUCAACAUCUCAGGGUCAACAAAGUAGCAUUUUAGAAUCUCAAACCAGUUUGAGUUAUAAAUGUAAUAUAUAUGUAAAAUAUAUAUUGCAGCCUUUUAUUUUUUAAUAACCAAAUGAGUAUUUUUGUUAAAAGUGUAUAAAACAAGUACUGUGGUUUCCCCCAGCUCUGCCAAAGUUCACUCUGGAAUAUUCUUUUCAGCUGAGUUAUAACCCUUUUAAAAAAGAGGGUUGUUCUGAAAAAGGACGAUAAACCCGUAACUACAUUAGAACUAGUGAACACUUCUAUAAUUAGGUACUGAGUUGGCACUAGACUUCAUUUGGCAGAAUCUGUGUUGUAUUUUGAUGCAGAGUGAAGUAAGUUUGUUUGGAGUUAUAUCUACAUUUGUAAAGAGGGUAAAUUUUAGUACAAUAACUCAUGCAAACUCUGUAAAUGGACAUUUUAAGAAAUAUAUUUGAUAUGUAACAGUUUCUUAUUGUCACCAUAUGUAUGCUUCAGUACCAGUGAUGUUAAAUUGAGUGUUUCAUGUUAAUGUCAAGAAUAUCCACGGCACCUUCAUUACUGCUAUAGUAAGUUACAAUUGUGUAUGGUCCAUAUGCUGCAAGAUGCCUCUGGCCCAGUUGAAUUAAUCCUAAGAAAAAUCCUAGAUGAGCAAGAAGUAUAACUAAUCUGCUUACUAGCACUGAAUUGCUCCUUUCUGAAAGCAAUAAAUAUAUUCAUGUUGUAACAUCUGUUGUGCAGCCUACAAAUACAAGUUGUUUUGUUGCAUUUUGUUUUCUAUAUAAUUUAUUUUGUGCAAUAAAAAGUUUCUCUGGUUUCUCUGACUUUUCUCUAGAUUGUAAAAAUAUUUGAAUUCACAUUUCCUAAUUUCAAAUCUAAUCAUGCAGGCUUUAUAGACCAAUUAAAUGGCAGGUGCCUUGCUUCAA